UUACCGGCCGCAACAAUGUUUUUUUUUUGCAAACCAAACGAAUUUUCCAAGCCUAUCAACUUUGCAGCACAAGAACACCGCAGUGAUUGGUUUUUGAAGGUCAAUCCACGCCACACCGUACCUGUGCUAGUCGAUCAAGGCGUUUCGCUGUGCGACAGUCAUGCCAUCAUCACAUAUAUGGUCAAUCAAUAUGGCCAGAGUCAACAUGAGCAUUUAUAUCCUAAAGAUUUUCUUCAACGUGCCAUAAUUGACGAGCGACUCUACUAUGAAAAUGGUAUACUUUUUCAAGUCAUAAAAGAUUUUGUGGCGCGCAUAAUGUAUGGUGGCGAAAUUUCUUAUCAUCGUAAAAGUAUUGAGCUAUCGCAUAAUGCCUACACUUUUCUUGAGGAAUUUCUAGCGAGAAACACCUACGUCGCAGGCGAACAUUUGACCCUAGCCGAUAUUUCUAUAAAUACUACAUUAAUUACUUUGCACAAAUUAGUGACGGUGGAAGAGAGACGGUAUCCGAAAAUUUGCGCUUGGAUGCAGCGGUUGCGAGAGGAAUUACCCGAAUAUGAGGAGCUCAAUGAAAAAGGCGCACAACAACUUUAUUUACGGUUCCAAAACUCUUUGGAGGAUAAUAUGACGAAACAUGCGUAACGAAGCGCUUGAGUCAGGGGCAUUAGUAUGUUACUGAGCUCAUUUUUAGUUUGUUUUUUUAAUAGUACCUCGUAAUGGCAACUGGAGUAGGUGAAAAUACAUGUGUUCGUAAUGUCCGUUUUUAUUUCCUUCCUACUGGUCUCCCAACCUAUAGCUGCCAUGAAACGUAGAACAAAUUUCGAUGGGCAUCAGUGUAUGAAUUGUCACAAUCCGCAUCAAAGCUUUACUUGUGUCAAGAGCAGAACGAUGAGAUCAUAGCUCCAAUUCCAGCUAAUGCAAACUAAGUACCUAAUAUAUGAAAGAAAACGGUUCGGAAGACCGUUGUAGAAUCCUUUUAAUUAAUUCGAGGUCCUUUUCAAGGACAGAUUGCCCAGUAAAUUUUUUUUUCCAUUAAAUUUAGGUAAGGUAAAUAGGGAGGCCGCUGCAAAAUAAUGUUUUUCUUGUUAUUUUCGCUUUUGCAGCUCUUCUUAUACAAAUCGGUCUUACAUAUUCUGUUGCCACAUUUAAUAAAAAGGUCUGAGAAUAUUUUAUAAUUUUCGGUGCUUGAAAUUUCAGCUUAAUUUUUCCAUAAUGCGGAUUCGCAUCCUAGACUCCCGUAGUGAAUUGUGAAAAUUAUUAUUAAAACACCACCUUUUUUCUAUAAUUUCAUUUUCAUCAGUUAAUCUUUCAUUCCCAUGUUACCUUUCAUUUUGGCAAUAUCUUGUAUUUCUUUUUUUACUACGCUGCUUUUAAUUUUCUGCCCGAGAAAUUCAAUUUCUUUCGGCAGUUCGCUAGGUGUUAUUUGGAAUUACUUUUCAACUUUUCAAACCCUUUAGUUGUUAGCAAUUUGAUUAACAUCCCUCAAAGCACAACCCAGCCAAAAUAUAUGUACAUACCUAGAUUUUCCAGCCUAAGACCUUCUGAAAAAAACUUACACAAAACGUCUAUUUCUAUUUCACCAUUUAUCUUCGGAAUGAAAUUAAAACGAAACCGCUCCGAUGCCUGUUAGAGCAAGCGUAAGAUCAAAUCUAAAAGGAAAAAUAUGUGCUUGUUCAAAAGAUUCAAAACAUCCUUUUUCAUGCAAAAAUGCUCCUAGAUGCUCUAAUAGCAAUUCUGUAUCGAAAUUAUGAUUUGAAAAAAUGUCGCUUACGUCAUGUUUGCGGUUAAGGCUCGAUAUAUUUAAUAUGUUUCAAAUAUUCAUAUAAGUGCUUCCAGCGAAUUAUAUCCCACUCUUGAGUUUUUGUGCUUUAUCUUUUGCAAAAAAAAUCCUAUGUUGAAUCACAAUUUCAUUGCUUACCUUUUUAUCAGCUAGUAAGACUUUCGUCUUUUUAAUCUGUCGGCAUUUCGAAGCAAGAAAAUUUGUAAAUAUGUAGAUUUUAAUGUCAGACAGUAUUUCAUUGCAUAAAUUACGCUUUUAGUUACAUAAUCUUCGUCGCUAAAAACGAUUUGAUACAAAAUCAGCAAGACCUGUUUUCAUAAUUUUUUAGAA